ACAUCUGUACAACGUUCACGUUAAUUGCAGCGGCAUCAUCUUUGCUGGAUUUCAAAGGAAUAUUUUGCGGUGAAAAGAACGAAAAAGUGCUUGCAUUUGUGCGCUAAUGGGUAUAUGAGGUCCUUCUGCUAAAGGAAUGCCAAGUCAUACAAACUUUUCGCGAUUCGCCUUAAUGGAAAUAGAUAAGACGCGGCGCAGUUGAAAGAUUGCAAAUUGAUCCACCGAUCGACCGACGCACAUGAAAAGUGAAGUAUGGAGGACAUUGAAUAUUUAGACGAGUACAAAGACUUGGUGCUGCCAGGGAUUAAAUCGAGUGCUCCGACAGCAUCUUCUGCCGGCGUUCCGCGGCAGCGGCGCAUUUCAUCAGACUCGAGCAACUCGUCGUCGAUUGAUGCGGACAUUUUCCAAAAGCUCUUCCAUGGCAAGUACCUCGACGACGAACUGCUUAAGGAGGGCUCUGGCUCGAAGUCGCAGGACAGGCGUCGACGCCCCCCAUCUCCCUCCUCCAGCGACGAGUCCAACGAUGCCUUGGAAGCCCUCUUCUGCGGGAAGAGCAGCCAGUCAAAGCUGAGCAAGAGGCGCGAACGGUAUGAGUCGUUCGAUUCGGUGGACGACCUAGGAGAAGCCCUAAUGCGUCCAUCGCACAGGCUGACCGUACCCAAGCCCAGUACCUCUCAGGCAGGUUCCAAAAAGUCACAAGAUGCUGCCCCACACAGAAGCAUUAGCAAUAGCAGCAGCAGCAACAUUGCCAUGUCAUCUGGGCAAACUUAUGCAUGUCCAAAAAACAAGAAAACCAAUUCUGUGGCCAACAAGACAGCAGUAUCUGCAAAUGGUGAUAAAUGGGCUUCCGGCAAAAACAAGACCGUUACCAUUGUAAAGCCCCAAAAAACAGAUCUAAGGCCUUCGCGGCUUGAACCCAAAACAGAUCCAUUAAAUUUGGGUGACUUAUACGGGGACUCUGACAGCGAUUCGUCCUAUGAGUAUGAAUCGGACUUUUACGGCGAUCAAGACUCCGAUGAAGAGGAUGAGCCGGUGAUCGACAUUUCAACGGACACAAGCAGGACCACAUCGGUGGCGGACACUGUGACACCUGUUGUUUCCGACGACGAGGGCCAGGAGCCGCAGAGUGAGCUGAAUCAGCGUCAUGCGAAUGAUCAGGAGUCUUUUUUGAGCAGCACCUACGAACGCCUGCAGUCGUAUUUGAGUAAUCUCAGUUCCGCCGAGCCGCCGCCAAUCUAUAAGAAACAGAAUAGUGCGAGAAAAUCCCGCUCCAACGAAAAGAAACCCUCUUCUUCCCAACAGGUUAAGCAUGCUAAUGAGCAAUCAGCGGCCAGUGACAAAGAGGCUAAUAAAAAGGAGCGGGAUUUGGAGCCACCGGAGGCGAGCAGCAGUGCGAAAUCCUCGGCCAGCAAGGCUAGCGGUAGUCGCAAGCUGUAUGACGUAGCUAAUAAUGCUACGCUUGAGGCUGUGGAGCGCAUGAGUCUCGACCUGGCCGAGCAAAUCAUGGAGAUCGAUGUGGAGCGAUCUUACGAGUUCGAAAAGCGGUCUGCCUCAAAGUCGCGUAGCUUAUCCAGAUCUAAGAUUCCAGCAGAUUCUAGCACCUCGCAAUUGGGUCACGUGCGAAAGCUAACCUAUUCGAGCGAAAGACUGGAUCAACCGGAACCUUUGGGCACCCAGUUGCGUCGGUCGAAGAGCGAGUCCUUACCAAAGCGAGGUCGCCCUCGUGGCCAAAAGCAGCGUAAGAACCGUGGAGCAACCAUGGAGGAAAAAAGUGCUAAUUGCCGGGAUGGGGAAGGAGAGCCAGUCAAAAGAAAACGCGGAAGGCCUCGCAAAAUUAUUCCAAAGGAGGAGGCUAAAACAGCAGAGACUGAAAAUACAAUUGAAAGCUUGAACACAAAUGUUCCUCUCUCAAUAGAUACGAGCAAAGAAAAUCCGGAAACGGAGACGGUUAAUUUAGAAGUGCCAAUAAAACAGGAUGAACUAGUUAGCGAUUUGGACAAUGCCAAGGAGCUCACAGGAUCUACCAAUUUACCCCAGGAUGAUAUUGAAAUGGCGUCAAAUCACCAAGAAACGGAUCUUAAAUGUGCUCCGGACAGGGUUGCGCUGGAUAAGUCUGAGUCCACGCCAAAGGUCGAAGAAGAACAGCUUUGUAAAGUGGACACACCUAGUGAUACUGCACUGGACGAAAGCAAAGUAUCCGAAAGUGCAAAAAAUCAUAUUGAAUUGGAAGAUAAGGAUAAGGAUAAGGAGGAAACUCAGAAGGAAUCUCCCAAUGGCAAUUCGAAGGAAACCAAUGAAAACUCGGUUAUAGUUACUAAUGAAGUUGAAUUACCAGCUAAAAAGGCUGAAGCCAAGGCAGAAGCGGGAAAUAUUGUUGAGGAAAGCGACUCCCAACUUGCUGAGGAUUUUAAAUUGGCUGAAGAGAUCUUAGCCGCUGAGGUUGGUAAGGGAGUUGAAGCCAACGAGGUAUCAGUGACAUCUGUGCAGGGAGAACAAAAUCCAGUCAUUGAAAUUGUUAAAGAGUUAGAGCAAGAAACCAUUUCGGAAGUCGUGCCCGCUCAGAAUGAUCAAUCUUCAGUCGAAGACCAAACUUUAGCUGAUAAAGAAAAUCCAGUGGAAAAACCGUCUCCAGUUAAGGCACCAUCCUCUAGUAAGGAUGAACCACCUGCAGAAGAAAACUUGCCUGCUCCUGACCAGGAUCCAAUUGAACAACAGAAAACACCUGUAGCAAAAAAUCAACAGCAUGACAAAGAACACAAUGAAGCUCCCAAAGCCGAAUCUUUGUCUGUUUCUGAUAUUCCGUCUAGCUCAGUCACUCCAUCCAAGAAACGAAAUCAUUCCUCCCCAGCUAAUACCCCCAAGAAAUCGAAAGAAAUUGAAGCUUUGCAAAGUUCGGUGCCGCGAAGAGCGCUUAGGUCUGAUAAAGCAACUCCUCAAAACCUAAGGGAAAGUCGGUCGAAGCGGACACUGAAAACCGAGCUCACACUACUUAUGGAUGAUACAAUGAGACGAAGCAGUCCGAGACUAGGAAGGUCGCCAGCGGAAAGUCAUUCCUCACACGAACGCUCUCCGAUGGAAAAGAAAGUGACAGUCUCCAAGUUGGCCAAAGAUUUAAUAACAAUAGAUAAGGAAAAAGAGAUAGAGCUGAAGUCGCUACCUGAUGCGUCUGAAACUAAGGAUGUAAAGAUAACCAAAACCACUACAGCAUCAGAUACUUCCAUACUGACGGAUGAAAAUCCUAGCUCUAGUAAGACUGAAAUGAAGAAGUUGAAGGGUAAACCGUUGAAGGCAAAAAAGAUGAGUAGGACCAGUGAGACAGAAGUUAAGAAGGCAAUAGCAGAUUCCAAUGAAGACAUACCUUCUAUUUUUUCCAUAAAAUGUGUUGAAGAACAUUUAACUUCUAGUGAAUCGGAACAGAAAGACGAAAAAGAGGAGUUAUUAUGUCCAAAACCGCAAAUAGAUUGUACCAAUACGGAUUUAGAACAAUCCACGGCUAUUGAAACUGAUACGGAACAAGUUGAGGAAAAACGAUCAAAUCGCAGAAAAUCGCGCAGGAUUCGAAAUGAAAAAUUCAAAACUGAAACGGACACACUUUCCGACCAUUUGGAUGCAAAGAAAGCGGAGAAUGCAUCUCUGGAAAUUAGCAUGCGACCUAAAUGUACAUUGGAGACUCAGCAAAGUGAUCCUGUCACUGCUAAGAAUAAGCGAAACUCCGGCAGAUUAAGUCGUAAAGAAAAAUCUGUUAUUAAUGCGGCCAAAUCCGAAAAGGACAAAAGCCCAUCCGCCAUAUCUCAGUCCACUGAAAGAAAACAACUUUUAAAUGAAAACCCUUCUAAGAAGGAUAAAAAAACAGAGCAAUCUGGUAACAAAAAAGAAGCGGUAGUGGGUCCACUUGACAAGACGGAAACGUCAAGUAGCACAAAUAUAAUCGAUAAAAAAAGUAAUGAAAGUUUUGACAGUGCAAUGCAACCGAGUGACAGGCUAAAUCAAAAGGAGUCAGCUUUUACGAAAUUGUCAUCAAUAUCCAGUCCCAAAAAAAUCAUGAAAGAUCAGGAUAAGGAUUUGGAUGCAUUAAGCAAAGGCGGAGACUCGAAUCCAACUAUAAGAGAUACCGGCGAGGACAGUAGACAGACUGAUAAGAAACACCAAGAGAACGAUACUAAACAUGAGGAAGAGGAUAGUUCAAAGUUAAAGGCUAAUAUAGAUGAAACAAAAUCUUCUUCAGAAAAGGACGCGGAGCCUAUUUCAAAAGACUCUUCACAGGAUUCAGCCAAACCCAGACUCUCGAAACCAAAGUCCAGAAACAAGCGUAAGAAAAACGAAAAGAAACCUAAUGAUAGUAUUGCUGAAUCUGAUAUAGAAGGUGGUUUUCAAGUUAACACAGAAACCGUUCAAGCUACAUGUUCUACACCUUCAGAGUCCAAUAAAAAGGACAUGGUUAAAUCUGAUGAAACAAACGAGGAACCAAACUUAUCCGAAACAGAAAUAGGAAGAAUAAGGAAACGCGGGCAGGCUUUUCACAUUGAGAAUCCCAAAGAUGAUUUACAUAUUACUCCGCAAAAUGAAAACCAGAGCAUUGCCGGUGUUAAUUUUGAGAAACAGGUGCCAUUGCCAGAAAGUGUUGAAUCCGAUACUCCGAUUAUGAAAAUACCAACGAAAACUUACCUAAUGUGUACAAAAAACAAAACAUCGUUAUUGUCUGCCUCAGAAGAUCCUGAUAUUGUCCUCGAGCCACAGAAGUUGAUCACCACAUCAAAAGGCGACUCUAAUCCAGAUCUAGAUAAUGCCAAUAAUUUGGAAACCAGUUCGACGCAGGAUCCAAAAGAACAUGAAUUUUCUGAUCAAACUUUCACAGAUAAUUCCGAUAUCAUUCCUUCAUGUACAAAAAAGUCGCAGAUUGUUUUUCCUACUACUCCAACAAAAAGCAGCGAUCAAACCAAAAACAGCUUUAUAACGCCCAAUAGGUCACCAAAAUCCAAACGAAAUGUUUCAAAAGAGGCGAAAAGAUUAGACAACAGCUUUGAGGAAAGUCAGAAUGCAGCUUCGGAAUCCUCGGCUUCUAAAGUCCAAAAAGAACUCAGGACUCCUACAGCAUCCUGUCGAAAGCUGCGUGUGUUAAUAAAAAGAACUCCCACCUCAAGUUUGCCUACAAACUCAAGGAAGUCUAUAUUUAAGAAAACUCCCGCGAAAUCGAAGCGCUUGACUAAAAUUCUUGAGAGCAUGGAAAAAACGCCAUCUAGGGAGCCGUCCGUUUCUUUAGGUGAAGUUAAUCCUGACUCUGAUCCUGUUGCUGCAGAAUCCGUUGCAGUUCUUCAUGAAUCUGAUAGGGAUCUUGAAUCAAACGAAAUCCCAAAUGAAGAAGUUUUUGAGGAUACGGAAGAGGCGUCUGCUGAAGACACAGACAAUAAAUUAAAAAAGAAAGAGGACGAUCACGAAUUGGAAGUAAAUGACAUUUGCGCAGCGAGUAAAAAUCCUAUCACAGACGAUUCAACUAAGGACGCGUCAUCAAACAAGUCAACAGAUAGUGAUGUUUUGCAGGAAACAAAGGACGAAUUAUCUAACUCGUUAAUCAACGCGACUCAAGGCGAGGAUACCCCAAUAAAGGAGUUGACCGAAGAGGAAGUUCCUAAUAAUAAAACCGUUGAAGAUGAAUCUAAAAAACAGGAAAUCUUAAAAGAUCUAGAACCGGAUAAUGCAGCGUUAGAAGAGGAUACUGCUUCCACAGCGAAAGCCGCCGAGGAGAUGGACCUUUACAUAAAGGAGAAGUCCAAUGUUAAAUCGGUUCUAGCCGAACCAGAAACUGAUGUAACAGAUGACGAGGAACUCGCCCAAAGCCCAAUUCCGAACUCAUCGGAAACAACAAGUGUCACGGAUGAUCCCGAACCCAGCACAUCCAGCGUGGUGAAGCGCAGCUUGCGCAAGCGGGAAGCGGAUUCUUCACAGCCAGAUGAAGCUGCCAAACGAAAGCAACGCCAAGAUGUGGAGAAGUCACUAACUGGCAAAAAGGAACAAGUUAAACCAGCUCGACGCCGACAACUCGCUGAGGUAGAAGAACGACCAUCCCUUAAACGCUCAAAGACGGAGUCAGAAGCCAAGUCCACUGUCCAGGGCAAAUAUAUCUCUAUUAUUGGCAAUGAGACUAUCAUGUCAUCCACAACAGCGCCCAUUAGGGAAACCAACAGAGAGGCGGCCAGCACAUCUCCAUCUGCAAGAAAGUCGGCGGUACAAGAAGCCAAGCACGUCGAAACCACUAAGCAUAUCAUCCUAGGACCACCAGGCAAAAAGCUGCUUCAUUCAGAUAGUCCAGCCGCGGAAGUCAAGAAGCCCAUGGUGCAAACUCUGCUGAGUUCCACUCUAAGUCUUCAAAAACCUUCGACACUAGACGAUGGUAGUCCACUGAAAAUAAGGAAAUCCUUGAAGAAGUCGAUUGCCGAUGAAAACAUUGACGGCGAUCAGUCGAUCUUUAGCAGUUCCUCUGUGCUUAAUAAAAAUACGUCUGUUGUUGCUCCGAGAAAGGUUAAUAUAUCCGUGUCCCUAUUGCAAUCGAAGGACACUCAAGUGGAAACGGCUGCAUCGUCAUCCGAAACACCAAUAUUGACAAAAAAGGAAAAACUUAAAACACAGAAAUCGACCAAGAAACCGGAGGGCAAUAAGAAAACGGAGAGCAAGAAAAAAUCUUUAGUACAAGGCCCUCAAAUGAAAACCCAAAAAUCCGAGGAGGCUGUAUCGGGCCCAAAAAUUUUGAAUAAAUACCUAAAAUCGGAAACCGAAUCCUCAAGGAAAACAGUUUCCACAGUAACAGGCCGGAAACAAAUUGGGCAACUGGAGGUUUUGAAGAAACCGGAAAGCAGAAAGUCGGAGGAGUCUUUAGUAGAAGCAAUUUCUCGGAAAAAGCAAUCCCAAGUCCAACGGUUAAGUAAAAUAGAUGGUAGAAAAUCUGAAGGAACAUCUUUACCUCAACCAGAUGUCUCGAAGUCUGAAACUGCUUUGAAAGCAGCUUUGCCCAAGGAAACAGAGUUUCCAGUUCAAGACGCAGAAAUCGAGAAAAUGUCUAAAGGUCGCGGACACCAAAAUGCGGUCAAAAACACCAAAACGGAACAGCCCAAAUCGAAGCCCAAGACUGAGGUUCGUUCCCUGCAAGCUGAGGCUGCUACUGAGCUAAUGGAUUCGAUGGACUCUCAAUCAGAUGUAUCCGAUAUCCGCGCAACAUUUCCCGAAUCCCAAGGAAUCUUCAAUGUGCCAGGUCACAUGACCCGAGCUAUCAGCAGCAACAGAUCACUGGCACCUACACCAACUCCCAUGUCUGACAGUCAACGAAAUGCUUCUAAGGAGCGCUUUACGCCUGUUUCGGACCAAAAAAAACCAAUCAGGGAAUCACAGACUUUAUCAAAGCGUCGUGCACGAGGUGGAAGGAACCAGCCACUUGUUUCAAAAAGGAAAGCGGGUGAAGCGGAAGACGGUACAGCGGUGAUCAAUCCCAAGAGACCCAGAGAGAUGGAUGAAGAGGACCACCCACAACAGAAUGAUCAUGUCCAAGAAUCUGCAUUUGCUGCGUUCCCAGUAAAAAUAACAGCUGCUUCUUCUGUUAUUCCCCAAGUAGUGCGUUCUACGGGUAAUACAGUUCCUCAAAAUAUUAGUCCCCGCAAACUUUGCGUGAAAAUAAAUCGGAGGCCCUAUAAUAAGUGGCUUCGGAGCACGCAGGAGAGGAAUGAAGAACAAGAAGGAUCUCGUAAUGUAACGUCAUUACCACUGCUUGGUGAAACCUCGGAAACGGAUUCAGCGGCGGAGUCGAUGUCAGAAUCAAUUCUGCAAUCCCAAGUACAGUCGGAGCCUGCUAUUCAGCCACUGCCUGCAUCCCAGCCCGAUUCUUGUACAUUACAGGCCUCAGAUCUCCGAAUAAGGGAAAGCUCAGCUCAACUUGCUCCAAUUGCAGCUUAUGAUUCACCGGCAGCUAACGAUUCAUCGACAUCACCCGCUUUAGACAUCGCACCCGAAAGUGCACAGACAGCUAAAGCAACCUUGAACACUGCUCUCUGUCCAUCGACUGAAAAACAUCUUCCUGACGAACCAACGUUGCUGGAAAGUUCCAAGAAGGUUGCAGAACCGCAGAAGCUACAAACGUUUCAAGCCAAAUGUUUGCCUGUGCCAAUUCCAGAGGUAAAGUCAGAGCCGGAAGAUAUCAUGGAUGAGCAUUCACCUAAUGAGCCCAUGCCUAUGGUUGCUGCAGCACCAGCAACACCUCAACCACAUGCGAUUACGGAAGACGCUGGGCCCGACACUAUUCAAGUCAACACCUUGGGUGUUUCCACUUCAUCUAGGCCGCUUGAGUUACAUUCAAUUCCCUCCGCCAGUGACCCUGACGGAAACCCCAAUGCCAUUGGGCAGACCAAGAUGUACUCAUUUCUCUACCCGAAACGUUACAAGCAAUCCUAUGACGACGUCGGUCUAGACUUCUGCUGUCCAAAUCUCGAUGGACCAAUGCGGGCUAUUGAUUUUACUCGAUUGCAUUCGAAGGCCGAGGUACCGGUGCUGGAAAUCCCGCAGUUCCUGGUUAUAACCACCAAGUUUAUCUCUAAGGCGGAUAAGAAUAUGCCAAGUAAGGUGCGGGCAAAGCUGGAAUUACUGGACAAGUCGAAAGAACGGGAUUCCAGUAAACUGACCCCGACGGCUACCACUCCGACUGCUGAUCCCACCGGUCCUUCAUCCUUUUCACCUGCUCCCGCUUCGGUUGGUCCGGCAACUCAACCGUUUCCAUCGAUUAUACAGAAUUUGCUAUCGGCUCCCCUACCUGAUCCAGGUCUAUUUAAUCAUCCCACAACCGUGGACCCAUCUACUUCCACUCCCGUAGUUUCAGGCAGUUCCUCUUCCACUACCAUUUCGGCGGACUUGGAUUCUUUAAGCAAACAGUUGCCACGUGGCACAAAACUGAUCAAGAAGUCAGUGCAACAAGUGGCUACCAAUCCCUCAUUAGCCGGCACCUCGAUGGUAAUUAAUGCGUCGCCGUCCUUUAUUCAGUUACCUCCGAUUUGCCCCAACGACAAGCAGCGCGUGGAGUUGCAGGCGAGGGUUCAAAUGUUUGACUUGGUGCUCCAGACCCUCAGCCGGCGGGCAGCCAACUUAUCAGUGGCCGAGCGACAGCGUACCAUUGAGGAAAUUGUAAGGACCAGCUCGUUAAUGGCCAUCGACGUGGAUGUGGGUACAAAGCUUUUGGAAAACUAUGUACAUUACUUAAACAAGGCUACCAGCACAAUGACUCCUCUAACCCCGGCCCAAAUCAACUCGAGCUUAGGCGCUUCCACCAGCUCGACGCUUUCCAAAAGCAUAGCCACCUCCGACAUCCCACAGCAAGGGAAGAAAAUAUCUGCGGACCAUGCCCAACAGCGGAGUUCUCUCCCCGCUACCAUUCCCCUUUACGAUGGGGGCAGGAACACACUUGGCUUUCCGUAUAGCUGCUCGAAAUCGACGGCAGGGCGAAAGUCUUCAUAUGUUGCCACCAGCACGCCUGUGAAAGCCUCCACAUCCCAAGCAGCAGCAGCAGCAGCUCUAGGAAACGCUCAGCCAAGAUCCACGUUGGGGAUCCCGAAAAGUGUUCGGGAAGACGCUAGUCAGUUCGUUAAUCUCAACACAACAGUGUGUAUGCCAGCACCAAGGACGAAUGCCAAGAAAAAACCAGGGACUUCGGGCCCUUUAAAGUCGAUGAAUUCUUCACCAGCUGUGCAGAAACCGGCGCUGUGCAAACAGCAGACGGCGCCGGCAAGAACUCUGUCCAAGAGCACAGUCUCAUCCGUUGCACGAGCGAAAUCAACAGGGUCUUUAAGUGCAGUGUUGGGUGAGACUCCUGCUGACGAAUUCGUAUCCCCCGCCGGAAUGAGUCUGAGUACCACCGGAAAUCCGAAUGUCUUCAUCAUUAACCACGCGGUGCAGUCAGAGGAAAGCAUCCUGCCUGACUCCAACAGCAGCGUAGGGCACAUGGAAACGACGGUGAUCAAAGGCGAGCUGGAUGAUUCUGCGGAGAUUAUUAUAUAGCAGGGCAAAGACUAUAAACCAGUUGGAAAGUAUUCUAAGUUACUUUAGCACAGUUAAUUAAGAGUUAAUUAUUUCGUUGAACGCAAAAUCAUAAUUUUGUAAUUCUGAAAUGAAGAAUUUGUUAAACCUUACGCAGCAUCGUCAUUUUUUUUUUUUUUUUUUGAAAUAAAUGGUUAAAUAUUUUAUUCAGUGUGGGACUUUCAAGUAAAUAUCUUAUAGUUAUCAUUGCAUAUUUAUUAAGUAUCCAAAUAAAAUAUAAAUAU